AUGGAACUGAACCCUGAAACCAUACAUACGGUCAUUCACCCUACGGCAGUGUUAAAGAGAACCACAGUCCCGCCAUCUCAGCCUACGUCGAAGGCCCUCUCGCCCCUCCCCGCAGACAUCGCCUGGGAUCUCUCUCAACUGAACCCCAAGAACCGUAUCGAUAGUCUCGCGCCUCUAGCCACCCCUAACUGGAGGAUCGAUGGCUGCACAUCAUGGGGUUCCCAAUACUAUGCCACGCCUCUUUUCAUGGCGUCUGUGCCCCCCAUGAGAAUUGACGUCUUCGUUCCCGACCUGUCCCUUCAGACACGUCUCGUCCGAGACGUACUUGAGCUGGAUCAGGCUUUCCACAUGAAAGAUCGAGUCAGAGUUUCUCGACUCGCGGUAUCGAUGCACAUACUCCGACGACUCCAGAACUGGACCAUGACUAUCGGCGGAGCCGAUCAGGAGUUCACCAACGAUGACGGACCAACGCGUCGUCGUACUCACUCCGAACGACUCGAGUAUGCAGAAAAGUACCUGUGCCAUCUCCCGUUUGGUUCCCGCAUCGUUUUCGAUUCUCUCUCUCUGGACAUCAAACAGAUAGACAUUACAGUCGUCCCAACCUUUGCUCUGGAAGUUUACCAUUUCUCUGUGCGACAAUUCGAGGCUGCUUGGGGACAUGAUGUCACACUCCCGCCUUGUGUCCACAUUACGCAGGUGCAGCUUGUUGAGCAAAUACACGACAGCACAUCUAUCGUGCGGAUCGACGGCCAGUCUUAUAUCUUCAAGGCUCUGACAAGCUUUCCAAAGUACCUGUACCACGAGUUACGAAUCCUACUCACCACCGAACCGCACCCAAACAUCAUGUCUCGUCCUGUCCACCUGGUCACAAAACGGACGAGGUUCGGAGGAAAGAACGCUGUGCUCGGCUUCACGUUGGAGCUGCAUCGGCACGGUACAUUGCGUGAUAUUGUGCCGUUCCUCAGUUCCAGUAACGCCCUGACGAUCGAAGAACAGUUCAAGUGGGCAUAUCAAAUCACUUCAGCUGUGUUUCAUUUCAGAGAAACCUCGGGCACAUUCUAUCCCGACCUUCGACUGGACAACAUAGUGCUGUCUGAAUCCAGAGAUGCCAUUAUGGUCGACUUUGAGCAGCGCGGUGUUUGGUGUGAGUUUGCAUCGCCAGAAGUCAAUGCCAUCGAGUACAUGCGGAUUCUUGCCACAGCCGAAAACCCCCCCUUUGAUGUGACGAGUGCGCAACAGCCCUACCGUGACAUCAUGGAGCGCAUCUGUCCCGAAUACGAAACACUGACACGAAACGAGAAAUACGACAACUAUACCAGCAGCUAUAACGUGUCCUGGGAGUCCCUGACGCCCCGCGAACAAGAGGCAUCCGAGGUCUACAUGCUCGGCAGAGUACUCUGGUGUCUCUUCGAGGGCGUCAGUGCGCCACAAAAAGCAACAAUCUGGGUCUCCUACCGAUGGGAGUCUCACCUACAGUUCCCUGAGUACCAGCGAACGCCGCCACGGCUACGGCAGCUCAUUGACGAGUGCACCAAGGGCCGUCGCGAGACGCUCGACAAUCAAGUACUUCGCGUCGGCAACAAGCUCGUACUACGCGCCGACCUGGAAGCCAAUGUGGACACCAACCCCGACGUGCUUAGCAAAGUGGCGCGGGAGUGGUGGGAGAAAGAAGUCGGUUGGGCGGAGAAGUACCUGGCGGACAGAGAGGCAAAGAAACAGAACGGGACGUGGGAUGAUAACCCAUAUGAUCGACCAUCGAUUCGACAGGUUCUCCAGAGCCUUGACUCCAUUCGAGCAGAGAUCAUGGUGUAG